CUUUGUUUGUGGCCCUCCAUUUUCUAAGGACGUGCCAUGCAUGAUGAUGCAACAACAACCUCUUUGAAAUGAAUUUGUUGUCCCAAAGAGUAGAGUUGUUCCUUGUGAAAGGCCAAAUUUGAAGCUAUGAGUGGAGAAUUGUCAUCAUCAGAACAGAAGAAGGUUAAGGUUUAUUAAUCAAUCGUUAGUAAAGGACAGGACGUGUAUAUAUUUUGUAACCAAUAGAGGACGUGAAAAAUAAAAAUUAUUACAGAUUAUUGAAUCAAAACUGCUAAGACUCUAUUCUCUAUUCCUCGGCUAUUUUCUAUUAGAAUUUGCCUUUGUUCAGUCGGCUAGUCAUCACUUCCACGUUAAGCAAGAAGAACAGUGGAAGAGCAGCUGUCCUAUGAGAUGCAAGGCCCUUUUGCCAGGUUGCCAGAAGGCUUCAUAUCUGAGAUUCUAUCACUCACUUCACCUGUGGAUGUGAUCAGAGCAUCAGUUGUCUCAAAAGGGUUCAAGCCUGCUGCUGAUUCUGAUGCUAUUUGGGAGAAAUUUCUACCAUCUGAUUAUCAAGAUAUCAUUUCAAGAUCAGAUUCUGCUGUUGAUUGCUCAACCAAAAAGGCCCUCUACUUUUCUCUCUGUGAUUCUCCUCUUCUCCUUGAUGGAGGCAGAAUGAGCUUUUCAGUUGAUAAAAGGAGUGGAAAGAAAUGUUAUAUGGUUGGGGCAAGAGAACUCAUCAUUGCCUGGGCAAGAGAUCCAUGGUACUGGCAUUGGAUAUCUCGUCCUGACUCAAGAUUCAGAGAGGUUGCCAAGCUUAAGGCUGUUUGUUGGCUGGAUAUCAGAGGCAGGAUAGAAAGUCAAAUGUUGUCUACUGGUACUACUUAUGCAGCUUUCCUAGUGUUCAAGAUAGCAGAGGAGUAUUAUGGGAUUGAGCAAGCAACAACUUUAAUCAGAUUUGUAAACCAUGAGAGUGACGGUGUGGCCGGAAGAAGAGCUGCACCUGUCCAUCUUGUAUCAAGGGAAGGUAUGAAUCAUCCAGCAGAAUUUGGUGGAAAGUUUCCCAAAAUGAGAACAGAUGGCUGGAUGGAAUUAGAACUGGGGAAGUUUUAUAUUGAUAGAGGAGAUGAUGGUCAGGUGGAGGCUCGACUGAUAGAGAUUAUUAGCCUUCAUGGGAAGUCAGGCCUUAUUGUCGAAGGCAUUGAAUUUCGCCCCAAGUGACACAACAAGACUAUUUUACUGUUUUGUAGAUGUACUGCGUUUUUUCACAUAAUUUGUGUUUGGAUUGAGAUAGUUUGAAAAAAAAUAAUUUGCUUCUCAAAUCAUCCCAAUUACCUUUU